ACUGCACAAACACAGAGGCUGUCUUGUAUGUCAGUUUUCAUGUCAUUUAGCAGAUGAAUCCCAUCUCUUCUCUGGUUUAGACAGAGUUAGAUUGCUUUAGCUACCGGCCAUCUCUGCAUGGAAUAACGACCACACGCUACUGUCAUGCUGGAAACAUCUCUCUAUUGGAUCAUUAUUGGAUCGGAUUUGCAAGAUUGGAUGAAUGAUGAAUGAAUAAAAAACAGCGACGUGGAUAAUCGACAAGCGCUGUGUUUUAAACCGUCAGCAGUUCUCUUGAAUUAACGUUAGUCGUCAAUAACAAGCGUUCAAGACGGAAGGCGUACUGGAGCACAGAGGGAGAAUCCGCGCGAACAUGAGGGAACGGGACUUUAUGCCCAACAUAGAACGGGGCAAACCGGCUACAUACACGGGAGAUAAAAAGGCUAAAAUGGCUGCUAAAACCAAUAAAAAUUUGAUAUGGAAACCGACGUCUGCCUCUGUGUCUGGACGGUCAGAUGUGUUGAUGACGGCCGCAAUGAUACCCAUAAACACAAGUAAUAUCACAACAAGUGAUGUACCGACAAUUAACAAGAUGAAUAAUACACCACCGGUAAGUUUGAGAUCAACACAGACUCCCACCUACGCCCACUCCACUUCUCAACAGGGACAACUGCACUUGGUUGACAACAAAGGUCAUGAAGGCCUACCAAAUAUCCCCACAACAAAAACAGAGAAAACUGACCAAAUAGGAACAUUUGACCCAGUAGGCCUACACAUUCACGAAAAACCAGGACGUUUCAGUACAGCAGAAGUUAGCGAUGAGUCGAAAACUAGUUUUCUGGUAGCAGGUGCAUCAAUUGAACCUCCUUCGGCACAUGGAGCCACAUCUUCGACUAAACAAAACGUAUAUGGCAGUUCUGGGUUCGGCACCCCUGAGAAUCAGCCAAAUAUUUGGGAUUCAGCCUCUCCCACAACUGACCAAGCAUCUUUGAUAAGCUACAGUGCAAGACCUGACGUCUCGUCUUUGACAGAACAUGGUCUAGAAUUAAUGGAGGGUUCGUCACCGUUGCAAGAGGAGUUGGUUACCAAGGACACCGAGAAUGCAGCUAUUGGAGUGUGACACCAGAUUAUUUGUGAGGCAUCACUGGCAUGUAAUUAUAUGACAUUAUCGGCGAUGACUGUGCAGUGAGAGAAAUAACAACUGUGAACGUCAUACAGUUUCUAUUAAUUUUGUUUAUUUUUCAAGGACAGAAACUGUGUUGACCUACCUGUUUUGGAAAGCUCUUAUAAAGGUUGUCACAUUAUAGAGUGCAACAGUCAGGUUCCAGAAAUAAAAAUCUUAUUUAUUUUCUCCAAAUGG